AUGAAUUCAAUAUCUAACUAAAGAUUUGAGGGCAAAGUUUGUGUGAUCACUGGAGGUACUUGUGGAAUAGGAUUGGCGCUAGCUGAAAGAGUUAUUUCUGAGGGGGCAUCAGUAGUAGUAUGCUCAGUCGGCAAAGAUAUCAAAGAAUAGGUUGAGAAUUUGAGAAAUAAGCGAGUCAAUAAAACUGCUCAGAGAGUCGAAGGUUUAUUUGUAGACGUCACAAGUAAACAAGACAGAUAGAAUUUGGUAAACCUAGUGGAGAAAGAAUUUGGAAGGAUUGACGUCUUAUUUGUCAAUGCAGGCAUCGCCUUUCAAAUGUAUGGCUAGUUGAAUAUGCCUGAGAGUACAUUUGAUCAGCUAUUUGCUGUUAAUGUCAAAGGUGCCUUCUAUACAAUCAAAGAUUGUCUGGAACUAUUGAAGAAAGGUAAAAACCCUAACAUUCUUGUCACAUCUAGUUAUUCUGUACCAAUGCCAAACAAAUCUGUAGGGGUAUAUGGAAUGACCAAGGCUGCAAUGAGCAACAUGGUUGUGUGGCUCGCCUAAGAGCUUGAACCCGAUAACAUUAGAGUCAAUGGCAUAAACCCUGGAAUGGUUAACACUAACAUGACUCCAGUUAAGUUGAGAAAUAUCACCUAGAAGAUACCUAGAAUUAUAUCAGAGCCUCAUAACGUAGCUAGUAUUGCUGCUAUGAUAACAUCAGAUGAUGGCUCAUUUAUUAAUGGAGAAAGUCAUGUCAUUGAGUCUAAAGUACUCGAGAAUUACAAGAUCUGA